GUGAGAUGUCCAUUUUGACUUCGUACUUUGUCGUACGACAUCGUCAAUUUUCAAAAAUUGGAACGCAAGUGCUUUGAUUACACUCUGAAAUUGUUCAGGAACGUAAAAUUAUUACACACCCAUCGAGUGCUAAAAAUCAUAAUUUUUCGGUUCUGCAGUAUAAUAAUUUAUUUAUUUAUUAAGUAUUGUGGUCCGCAAUUUUUUUGGUUUUAUCAGCACAACAUGAAUUCUGAUCAAAAAGAAAAUUCGAAAUACCCUAAGUCCACAUGGUUUGUCGUUGUAAAUGAAUUUUGUGAACGAUUUACCUACUUUGGAUUAAAAACUGUUUUGAUUUUGUACCUGACAAGAAUAUUGCAGUUCAAUGGUGACGAGUCAACGAUUAUAUAUCACAGUUUCAUAUUUCUUGCGUGUUUCAUUUCAUUGCCAUGUGCGAUCUUGGGAGACUCUUAUUGGGGAAAAUUCAAAACAAUAAUAUGUUUGUCAUUUUUCUACGUAUUGGGAUGCUUACUGCUGACCGGUGGAUCAAUUGCAGAUAUGUUCAGCCUCGACGUUCAAAAAAUCUUUGCUUUACUCGGGUUAUUUUUUUUAUCCGUUGGUACGGGAGGUGUAAAGCCGUGCAUUUUUGCGUUCGGCGGAGAUCAAUUUCAAUUGCCUCAACAAGAAAAACAUUUACAACUCUUCGCUACCAUGUUCACGUUGGCCAUAUACACUGGAUCGUUGAUCUCAACGUGUUUGAUGCCCGAGUUGAGACACAGCAUACAUUGUUUUGGGAAAGACUCGUGCUUUCCGCUGGCUUUCGGUGUUCUGACUAUUAUGAUGUUGACUGCUUUAGUGAUACUCGUUUCUGGAAAAAACAUGUACGUGAAGAAAAAACCAGAAAAUAACAUCUUAACGAGGACAUUCAGUUGUAUUUUUUACGCACUGAGAACGAAGAUUACUUCGGCUGCUCCGUGCGAAACCCACUGGUUGGAUAACGCAAAGGGAAAGUUCACAGAAUCAGAGAUAUCAGAUACAAGAUCUAUCCUAGAUGUGAUCUGCGUAUUUACAGCAUGUCCUAUUUUUUGGUCACUGUACGAACAACCGGGUUCAAGGUGGACAUUACAAGCCACGCUGAUGAAUGGUCACGUGGACUUCUUAAACUGGACAAUAAAACCAGAUCAAAUCCAGAUGCUAGUACCAUUAUUUGGAAUAAUCGUGCUCGUACUCUUUGACAACGUUUUGCAUCCGAUGUUUGUGGUGAUAGGCAUCCGGAAGCCAUUACAAAAGCUAACUUUUUGCGGUGUCCUGGCGGUCAUAGCAUUUGUGUUUGCGGCCCUACUGCAAUUUAAAAUAGUUGGAAAUACAACUGAGAUACCAUCUGGCCAAGGGCGAAUAUACAUCUAUAACGGAUUCGAUUGCAACGUGUUCGUGCAAUCAAAGUCGUUACACGUACAACAUCAAAUCGGUCCACUCGGUAUGUUCAACGUCAGUCAUACGGUCGUGUCUCAAAAUAUCUCAGGAGACGUCGCGGUCGUUGGAAUCACAAUAGGUUUCGAAACAAAGUGCAGUUUUGUGCCAGAAAACUAUGAGUUCAAUACUACUCUAACAAUAAUCGAAGGAAAAGAGAUUUCUUAUCAUUUGACCCGAUUAAAUCCAAACAUAAUUGCAUUAAAUCGUGUUGGUAUUCAUGACAGUAUAGUCAGAGAAAAGUUUGGGAACCCAACUUUAAGAAUUUUGAUCGAUCACACUUUUGAUUUUAACGAUAAUAUUACAUUGACCAAUGUAGAUCACAACUCGUUUACUUCAUACUCUCUAUUAUCGUUUCGUGGGAUGAACUUUAAUGCCAUCAAUAUAGGAAAAUAUAAUGUAUUCUACAACGGAAUUAUGUUACCCACUCCAACUAUGGACAUAAUACCAGCGACGUUUUAUACAAUUACAUUACAACGAAAUGGAGAUAAAAUGGAUGUAAGAUUAUUUACCAAAGACGAAGGAAACUAUAUUCACAUACUAUGGCAGCUUCCACAAUAUUUGUGCAUGAGUAUAGCCGACGUCAUAUUCAUGGCCACCAUAAUAAAAUUCGCCUUUACUGAAGCCCCAAUUAGCGCGAAGUCGAUCCUAGCCACCAUUAAUUUAUUGACAGGUGCACUUGGAAAUUUGUUGGUCAUUACCAUUUCAACAAUGUCGUUUAAAAAUCAGGCACACGAAUUUUUACUAUACGCUGGUCUUAUGCUUGCUGAUACGUUUUUAUUGGGUUACUUCAGUGUGGUUUAUAAAAAUAAAAACUCCAAUACAUCCGAAGACAUGACACAAAACGAGAACAAAAUUGAUGAAACUAGUGUUUCCGACUGAAUACAGAAAAAUUGUACUAAACUGGCAACAAGGCCAGACUAGAAGAAUUAUAUUAUUUUUUGUAUAUCUAACUAUAUGUUAUAAUAAUAUAUAAUUUACUUAUAUUGUAUUUCCGUAAACAAAAUAUAUUAUGA